AUGACGCAUGAACGCACAGGGAGCUAUGCUCCUCCUGAAAACUUCGGAAACCCUUAUCCACCCGUACAAAGUAAGAACCAUGUUCUUAAUUUCUAUAAUUAUAGAGUCGAUGCAAACAACAGUUCUAGUCCAGCCCCGUACCACUUGCGGCGGGGGCGAUCCUCCCUUCUCCUGGCUGAAAUUCGGUCGACCAAGCGAGAUAUCUCUACUGCUCUGUCAACUAAAGGCCUGCCACAAAGGAGGCUAUCACCAAAGGCCGGCACACUGUUCCAGGCCUUGGCGCGGGAGAUCUGCACGGGCACCUGGUGCUCCGCACCGGUGCUGCGCCAGGGAGAUGCUUACCGAGCACCCGCCGGCAACGGCAGGGGGCCAACUACAUGUUUACAUAGAACAAACGGGUGUAAGGGUUAUGUUCGUUGUUUAAACACAGAAUUCAAAAAUCAAACACAACCUUCGCUUGAGGCCUGGUGCUACUGGAUAACCACCUAG